AUGGCGAUGAGGUCCUCCAUUCGCUCCGCCUCGCGCGCGACGAGAUCACGACCGUCCCUCUCCUCCCGCCUCCCCGGCCGACCUCACCCCGCCGCGCCCUUCGCAAGCAUCCACACCACACCCCAAAAUACCCAGGAAGCCGCCGCCGCCGCCGCGCCCACCGAGGACUCAAGCGACGCCCUCUCCCCCUACGCCGCCAACAAGGCCGCCAAGGCCGCGACCAUCGACACGAUCCUCUCCCAAACGCCAAAGACAUUCCCCGAGCUCCAGGAGUACCUGUCAGCAUGGCGCCACAAGGCGGACGCGCUCAAGAGACAAAUACACCACCGCGAGGUCAGGUUCCGCAACUCCCUGCGCUACGAGAUCCUGCCCGGCGGACAGCGCGUCAGGAUCUCGCGCCCCUUCAACGGGAAAAACAAGCCCGUCAAGCUCGACGCCGUCUUCCUCCGCGACCGCUGCCCCUGCCCGCAGUGCGUCAGCCCCUCCUCCGGCAACAAGUCCUUCUCCUCCGGCGAGAUCCCCACCUCCAUCCGCUUCGAGUCCUUCGAGGAACAGGCCGACGGCUCCCUCCACGUCCGCUGGGCCAACGACAUCCCCCGCUUCCGCUCCCGCCCCGAACCCCACGUCACCGUCUUCCCCGGCGUCGGCCAGGAGAGCAUCAACCAGCUGCUCAAGGAGAAGCCGCACCCCUUCGCGCCGCUCAAGGUCCCCCUCAGGGUCGCCCCCUACCGCCGCAAGCUGUGGAACCGCGAGCAGAUCGCCGAGCGCCUCCAGAAGAUCCCCUACGACGAGUUCAUGGCCGGCGGCUGGGAGUUCCGCCGCGUCGUCCGCGAGCUCGGCGUCAACGGCCUCGUCUUCAUCACAGACGUGCCCGCCACCGAGACCGCCGUCGCCGACAUCGCCCUCAAGUUCGGCGCCAUCAAGGAGACCUUCUACGGCCGCACCUGGGACGUCCGGUCCAAGCCCGACGCCGAGAACGUCGCCUACACCUCGUCCUACCUCGGCCUGCACUCCGACAUGCUCUACCUCGAGUCCCCGCCCCGCAUCCAGCUGCUCCACUGCCUCAAGAACUCGUGCUCCGGCGGCGAGUCCAUCUUCAGCGACGCCUUCCACGUCGCCGAGGAGCUGCGCUCCAUGAAGGAGCUCAAGGCGGAGCUCGAGGCGGAGGAGGCGCGCAAGGCCGCAGGUGACUCCCUGCUCUUCCGCAGGAUAAACUCCCCCCACGUGGAGGAGAAGCCCGAGGACACAUUCACCUCCCCCGUCUCCCGCAAGGACCCCCCCUCCCAUCGAGAGAUCCUGCAAAAGGCCCACGCCUUCGACGCCCUCACCCGCCGCCUCGUCCCCUACCACUACAGCAAGAACGGCUUCCAGUACCGCCAGGCGCGCCCCGUCUUCGACUUCUCCGACCCGAACCCGGACGUCCACGAGGUCUGGUGGUCCCCGCCCUUCCAGGCGCCCUUCUCCUUCGCCAAGGACGGCGUCGAGCAGGCCGAGUUCCGCGCCUGGCACAUGGCCGCCCGCGUGUUCCAGAACGCGCUCGAGACGGAGGAGAACAUGUUCCAGUACAGGCUGCGGCCGGGCGAGUGCGUCCUCUUCGACAACCGGCGCGUGCUGCACGGGCGCCGCGAGUUCGACGCCGGCAGCGGGCUGCGCUGGCUCAAGGGCACGUACGUCGCCAACGAGGACUUCAUCAGCACGUCGAACAAGGUGUUCGACGAGGAACAUCAUUAUCUGAGGAGGUUGGAGAGGGAGGAUCCGAAUUAUUGGUGUCUCCGUACGCCUUCGCCUGACGAGCAGGAGCAGGGGCAGGAGCAGGAGCAGGAGGAGCAGGGGCAGCAGAAACCCGAGGACAACCUGAGAUCGGAAAACAGUCCGGGCGUUGACGACUUUUUCGACGCCCUCAACGGAAAACUAAAUAAACCUGCCGGGCCUAAACCUACGUUCAAGAAAUUUUGA